AUGAAUGCAAUUCCAUAUGCCUCGGCUAUUGGAUCCAUCAUGUACGCCAUGCUUUGUACACGCCCUAAUGUAGCCUAUGCUCUAAGUGUUGCAAGCAGAUACCAGUCAAACCCAGGAGAGGCUCACUGGGUUGCAGCUAAAAAUAUCCUUAAAUACUUUAGAAGAACUAAGAAUAAGUUUCUUGUCUAUGGAGAUGAGGAGGAGCUCAUUGUAAAUGGUUACACCGAUGCUAGUUUCCAAACUGACAAGGACGACUUCGGAUCUCAAUCUGGAUUUGUAUUUUGCCUUAACGGUGGAGCGGUGAGCUGGAAAAGUUCCAAGCAAGAGAUGGUGGCAGAUUCUACGACAGAGGCCGAGUACAUAGCAGCUUCGAAAGCUGCAAAGGAGGCUGUUUGGAUUAGAAAGUUUAUUUCUGAGUUGGUGGUUGUACCUGGUGCGUCCAGUCCAAUGGACCUCUAUUGUGAUAAUAGUGGUGCCAUUGCACAAGCCAAGGAGCUUAGAUCACACCAAAAAUCCAAGCACAUACUACGACAUUAUCACCUAAUUCGAGAGAUAAUAGAUAGAGGUGAUAUGAAGAUAUGCAAGAAUGCACCAUUAUUGUGCCAAUGGCCCCUCUACUGCACUACAUUCCACAGAAAGGCAAUGGCUUUGGAGGUACAAGUCAUAGAGUCGUCAUUUGUAGCGCCGAGCGAGGCAAUGCCGCACAAGGGCCUAUGGGUCUCCUCCCUCGACCUCAGUUUGGCCAACAGAGGCUACACGCCAACAGUCUACUUCUACCGCUCCGCUGUCGCAGCCACUGCCAACUUGUCCGACGUGGCCGCCAGACUCAAGGAGUCCUUGGCCAAGGCCCUGGUGGCUUUCUACCCUUUCGCUGGCCGCGUCGGCGUCGGCGUCGGCGACGAUGGCAGAACACAGAUCAACUGCAACAGCGAGGGCGCGCUCUUUGUUGUCGCUCGCUCUGAGCUCACCGUUGAUGACAUCAUCGACUUGAUGCCAUCGACGGAGCUGAGAAGGCGGUUUGUUCCUCACAUUGAGCCUCCGUCUGUUAUACUGGCCAUACAGGUGACGUUUCUAAAGUGCGGUGGGAUAGUGCUAGGGACGGCCCUCCACCAUGUCUCCAUGGAUGCCCUGGGAGCCUUUCACUUCUUCCAGACGUGGUCGGCCAUCUCGAGAGACGGCGAUGGUGCUCGCGUGGAGCUCCCCUGCCACGACCGGACGCUGCUGCGCGCCAGGUCCCCGCCAGUCGUCCACCCCGAGGCACUCUCCGUGUUCUGCCCUACGAACAACUUGACCGAGCCACGGGGACCCGUAGCCAGCAGGGCCUUCCCCAUUUCCAAGGACCAGAUCGCCACCCUGAAGCACAUCUGCGGCGGCGGCGCAAGCACAUUCUGCGCCGUGAGCGCCCUCGUGUGGCAGAGCGCCUGCGUCGCGCGGCGGCUCCCCGCGGACGCCGAGGCACGCUUGUCAUUCUCCGCAAACAUCCGCCGGAAACUGAGGCCGCCCAUCCCAGACCGCUACCUGGGCAACGCGAUCGUCUCCGUCUACGCCGCCGGCGCGGCGCAGGACAUUGCCUCGGAGGCACUGGAAUCCGUCGCCGGCCGCAUCAAGGGCGCUGUCAGCCGGGUGGACGACGAGCUGGUGCGGUCCGUGAUCGACUACUACGAGCUGUCCGAGCCUGACAACCGGCCGCGGAGGGGGUUAUGCCUCAAGGAGACGGAGCUGCGGGUAGUGAGCUGGCUCGGCAUGCCGGUGCACGAUGCGGAUUUCGGAUGGGGCAUGCCAUGGAGGAUGACACGGGCAGAGCCAGCCACCGGAGGUUACGUACACAUGAUGAACAGCGGGCCGGCAGCAGAUAGCGGGAUCACGGUCGUGGCGAGCUUGGAGACUGCAGUUAUGGAGGAGUUUGAGCGACUGCUUUAUGCAAAGUUCUAGCCAACUCGGUGCUUUGUGUUUCGUUGCGAGAUAUGUCGACGGGUGCCGAUGUUUUUUACUCUGUUUUCAUCACCUCUGGGUCUAGGCAUACACCUGGCUUGGGUAAGACUAGUCCCAAAUAAUUAAGCUUAAUUAGCUUGUAUCAAAUGGCAUGAAACUACCUAUGGAUGAUACAACCAUAGUACUAUAUAUUGUUUGUCAGGAACCAUGAAAUAAUUAAUAUAGUUCUAUAUGUUUGUGAUUA